AUGAUCGAGAAUCGUCUUCACCUCGAUCCAUCCAAGACUCAAGAUGUCACAUCAGCUGCACUCUCGGUCCACGCUUUGGUGUGCUUCAUAUCUGGGCCAAUAAUCGGUAAUUUGGCAGACAAAUUUUCUUCGCGAAAAGGUCCUUUACUGCUUUCUUUAAUGGGAGAGAUCAUAGGGACAAUCAUUGUCGCUGCUGCCACAUCCUUGCCAGUGCUUCUUUUCGGACGUGUGGUGCAGGCCUUCGCCGGCAAUGCAGCAUGGAUUAUUGGCUAUGCAACAAUCGCGGACACUGUCGAGGCUGAGAAUAGGUCGCGAACUAUCUCUACGAUCUCCGUUUUCUUUAUCUCCGGGAUCUUGUUUGGUCCUAUUGUAUCGGGCACGCUAAUAGGAAUUGUUGGAUACUGGCCGACCUGGCUUACAGCAGUUGCUCUCCUCAUCAUUGAUGCGAUCAUGCGGUGUCUGAUGAUUGAGAAACCCAAAGAUGAGAUAAAGGACGUUGAAAGCGCAUCGGGAUCUGGCACUAGCUCACCGGAUGAGACAUCCAACCUUCUAUCCGGACCUCCACCUACUCAGCUUGAUCCGGAACGGAUUUCACAGCAGAAUGGCUCUACAUCGCGAGCUGCUAAAAGCUUCUACAAGGUUAUUUUAAGUAAUCCUCGUGCUCUUACUUCAAUGGCCUGUCAUGCAACCAUCAGUCUCACCCUAGCCUGUUUCGACACUACCCUGCCUCUAUAUGUCUCUCGAACCUUUGGCUGGGAGCCGUUCCAGACAAGCUUGAUGUUUGUACUCCUGACAUUACCUACACUAUUACUCUCCCCCAUCACUGGGUCUAUAAAAGACCGCUGGGGCACGAAAAUCCCGUCUGGAAUCGGAUUUCUCGCUCAUGCCCCUCUAUUAUGGCUCCUGGGUGCUGCCGGUCCCGAAGGUCUGCCGUUCCUGAGCUCAGAGCAAACAGACCAAAAGAUCUACACAAUCACCAUUAUCAGUUUGGGUAUUGUUCGAACGCUUGUCACUGGUUGUGGCACUAUCGAGAUGACCAACGUCGUGACCGAGCUACAGGAAACGCAACCAGCAAUCUUCGGUCCUAACGGUGGAUAUUCACGGGCAUUUUCCCUGACAAAUAUGAGCUGGACGUUUAGCAUGUUCAUUGGACCGAUUUUGUCGGGUACUAUCACCGAAACGAUGGGGUAUUAUUACAUGAAUACCUGCCUCGCAACAAUUUGUGCUGUGUGUGGUGCUCUAGCUUUAGUGUAUUUCGAGAUGAAGUGA